AUGCCAUUGGGUUGGAGCAAUGAGUCGAGCCGAACGUUCGUCGUGGCUGAAAUUGGACAAAACCACCAGGGUUCGUUAAGCACGGCAAAGCAGAUGAUAAAAGCUGCAAAGGAAUGUGGAGCCGAUUGUGUAAAAUUCCAGCGAUCAAAUUUGGCGGAAAAGUUCACGGUCUCCGCCUUGGCACGCCCUUACACCGGAUCAAACUCGUGGGGUCGUACGUACGGAGAGCACAAACAAUGGCUUGAAUUUUCCAGCGACGAGUACCGGGAGUUGCAGCGCUUUGCCACUGACCACGAUAUUGUGUUUACCGCAUCAGCAAUGGAUGCCGCAUCCUUUCGAGAGUUGGAGGAGCAGCUACAAGUUCCGUUCAUCAAAAUAGGGUCUGGGGAUGCUGAUAACGUGCCUCUGCUGCGGUAUGCCGCGAAUCGCUCCAUUCCACUAAUCAUAUCCACGGGCAUGCUAGAUUGGGAUCAAGUUUGCAGCAUUUACACCCAGUUCCGUCAUCGCAAAGACGUUGCCCUGCUUCAUUGUGUUUCCUCCUAUCCGACCCCGCCAGGGGACAUAAUGUUGUGUAUGAUUCCGUUACUACGAGCCCACUUUCCUGAACUGACUAUAGGUUAUUCGGGACAUGAGCUUGGUAUACAGCACUCCGUAGCGAGUGUGGCUUUAGGUGCGAAAAUAGUCGAACGACACUUUACGCUAGACAAGGCGUGGAAAGGGACCGAUCAUCAGGCGUCAUUGAAUCCGGCCGAAUUUGGUCGCAUGGUACGGUGUAUUAGAGCGAUAGAACGCGAUGUUCCGAUUGAUGCAAGCGCAUUAAUUGGUCGAUUGCGAGAAGUGCUGCAAGGGGAGGAUCUGGAUGAACCGGAGUUACUGGUCGCUUUAAAGGAGAUUGAUCCACACCACCGACAGCUGCUAGAAUGUGAACGACCGUGUUUCAAUAAGCUGGGAAAAUCGUUGGUGUAUGCUAGUGAUUUGAACUGUGGAACGGUUCUGACCGAGUCCUAUGUUCAGGUGAAGGUCAGCGAACCAAAAGGCCUCACUCCGCGAUUGUACGAUUCUGUUGUGGGAAGAACAGUAAAAUGUGCCGUCUCCAAGGACGAUCCCAUUCUAAUGCAACAUUUUAAGCACAUUUAGAAAAGACAUGCAUCGAACAAUGGAGUGUGGUAGAGAAUAAUGUGAGUUUAUUUUUUCCACAAAUUUCAAAAAGUCUGUUGGGCUGAUAUUUGCUUUCGUACAGGGUAUAAGAGAAAUAAAUUUAA